UUACAAAAAAAAAUGCCUAAACUCCUAAAAAGUAUCGUCACUGUCGUUGAUCUUUUCUACCAAUAUGCCACCCGGGAUGGGGAGUGUGACAUGUUGAACAAGGCAGAACUGAAAGAACUUUUGGAAAAUGAGUUUCAUCAAAUUCUGAAGAAUCCAGAUGAUCCAGACACUGUAGAUAUCAUCAUGCAAAAUCUGGAUCAAGACCGUGACAAGAAAGUGGACUUUACUGAGUAUCUUCUGAUGAUAUUUAAACUGGCUCAGGCUUGUAAUAAAAUCAUCAGCAAAGAUUACUGCGAAGCUUCAGGGUCAAAACAGAGAGACCACAAUCACCAGCACCAAGAGGAAAAAAGUGAAACAAAAGAGGAGGAGAAAAGGCAAGGUCAUUCAAGAUCAAGUACAGGAGAGAAUGAUUCCAGGGUCUCCAGAAGAAGCAAUAAACACAGGCCUGGGUCCAGCUCCAGAAGAAUGGACCAUCAAGGAGGCUUGUCAAGUUCAGAGCACAGGCAAAGCUCUGGGGAAAGAAGAAGAGAGUCAAGUUCAGGCCACUUCAAAGAGAGUAAGAAAAACAGGCAUGGCUCUUAUAAACAAGAGAGGUCUGAGAGUCAUUCUUCUGGUCAGAGGCAACAUAGAACCAAUAAAAGUGGUCAAUCUGGACUUAGUAGACAACGAAAAUGGUCUACAAGCAAUGAGGGAUAUGGGUCUGAAUCAGGCCAGUCCAUAAGCAAAGGCAAAAAUCAGUCAAGCUCCUAUGAGUCCUCUACUCAGAGAAAACAUAGCAGCAGCUCUACUCAUCAGUCAGGAGGUUAUGGAAGACAAAAUCAUGGCUCUGUGUCAGGCCAGUCCUCUAAUUAUGGAAAAUAUGGACCUGGUUUUAAUCAGUCUUCUAGUCAGAAAUACCAUGAAUCUAGCUCAGGAUCCAGUUUAGGUGAAUCAUCAAGCUGUGGACAACAUGAAUUUGGAUCAGGUCAGUCCUCUGGCUAUGAACAACAUAGAUCUGGCUCAGGUCAAUCUUCUGGCUUUGGGCAACAUGGAUCUGGUUUAGGUCAAUCUUCUAGUUAUAGACAAAACAGUUCUACUUCAGGAUGUUCAUCAAGCUGUGGACACUAUGGAUCUGGCUCAAGUCAAUCUUCUAGCCAUAGCCAACACUGGUCCAGCUCAGGAGAGUCGUCUCACUAUGGACAACAUAGUUCUGGCUCAAGUCAAUCUUCUGGCCACAGCCAACAUGGGUCUGGCUCAAGAGAAUCUUCUAGCAAUGGACAACAUAGGUCUGGCUCAAGUCCAUCUUUUAGCCCCAGCCGACAUGGAUCGGGAACAGGCCAGUCCUCUGGCUUUGGGCAACAUGGGUCAGGAUCAGGUCAGUCUUCUAGCCAUAGCCAACAUAGGUCUGGAUCAGGCCAGUCUUCCGGCUAUGGACGACAUAGAUCUGGCUUAGGUCAGUCCUCUACAUAUGGUCAUCAAGGAUCUGGAUCAGGUAAGUCUUCUGGCUUUGGGCAACAUGAGUCUAGCUCAGGAGAGUCUUCUGGCACUGAGCAUAGAUCUGGCUUAGGUCAAUCACCCAGCUCUGGACAGCAUAAAUCUGGAUAUGGUCAAUCAUCUAGCUAUGGACAACAUGGUUCUACUUUUGGGCAGUCAUCAAGCUGUGGUCAACAUGGAUCUGGAUCAGGACAGUCCUCUAGUUAUGGCCAACAUAGGUCUGGCUCAGGCCAGUCUUCUGGCUAUGAUCAACACAGAUCUGGCUCUGGUCAGUCUUCUGAAUAUGGUCAUCAUAGAUCUGGAUCAAGUCAAUCUUCUGGUUUUGGGCAACAUGGGUCUAGCUCAGGUCAUUCUUAUGGCUUUGGGCAACAUGAGUCUAGCUCAGGAGAUCAGUCUUCUAGCUAUGGACAACAUGGUUCUGCUUCUGGACAACAGUCAUCAAGCUGUGGUCAACAUGAAUCUGGAUCAGGCCAGUCUUCUGGCUAUGGCCAACACAGAGCUACCUCAGGUCAGUCCUCUAGAUAUGGUUAUCAUGAGUCUGGAUCAGGUCAGUAUUCUGGCUUUGGGCAACAUUGGUCUGGAUCCAGCCAUCAUUCUAGCUAUGGCCAGCCUGGGUCUGGAUCAGGCCAGUCUUCUGGCUAUGGUCAGCAUGGGUCUGGCUCAGGACAGUCUUCUGGCCAUGGUCAGUAUGGUUCUGGCUCAGGUCAAUCCUCUACCUAUGGACAAUAUGGUUCUGCUUCAGGACAGACAUCAAACUGUGAUCAACAUGAAUCUGGAUCAGGCCAGUCUUCUGGCUAUGGGCAACAGAGAUCGGGCUCAGGUCAGUUCUCUAGAAAUGGUUAUCAUGAGUCUGGAUCAGGUCAGUCUUCUGGCUAUGGCCAACAUGGGUCUGGAUCCAGUCAGUCUUCUAGUUAUGGCCAACAUGGAUCUGGAUCAGCUCAGUCUUCUGGAUUUGGGCAACAUGGGUCUGGCUCAGGUCAGUCUUCUAGCUAUGGUCACUGUAGGUCUCGACCAGGACAGUCUUCUGGCCAUGGUCAGUAUGGUUCUGGCUCAAGUCAAUCCUCUAGAUAUGGACAAUAUGGUUCUGCUUCAGGACAGACAUCAAGCUGUGGUCAACAUGAAUCUGGAUCAGGCCAGUCUUCUGGCUAUGGACAACAAAGAUCAGGCUCUGGUCAGUCCUCUUGGUAUGGUCAUCAUGGGUCUGGAUCAGGUCAGUCUUCUGGCUUUGGGCAACAUGAAUCCAGCUCAGGAGAAUCCUCUGGCAAUGAACAGGGAUCUGGCUUAGGUCAGUCAUCAAGCUCUGGACAGCACAAACCUGGAUGUAAUCAGUCCUCUAACUAUGGACAACAUGGUUCUGCUUUUGGACAGUCAUCAGGCAGUGGUCAACAUGCAUCUGGAUCAGGCCAGUAUUCAGGCUUUGGGCAACACUGGUCUGGAUCAGGUCAGUUUUCUGGCUGUGGGCAACAUGGGUCUGAAUCUGGUCAGUCUUCUGGCUUUGGUCAACAUAGCUCUGGAUCAGGCCAAUCUUCUGGCUAUGGAGUAUAUGGGUCUGGAUCCACUCCGUCUUCUAGUUAUGGCCAACAUGGGUCUGGGUCAGGUCAGUCUUCUGGCUUUGGGCAACAUGGAUCUGGCUCAGGUCAGUCUUUUAGCUAUGGUCACCAUAGGUCUCGAUCAGGACAGUCUGCCGGCCAUGGUCAGUAUGGUUCUGGCUCAAGUCAAUCCUCUAGCUAUGGACAAUAUGGUUCUGCUCCAGGACAGACAUCAAGCUGUGGUCAACAUGCGUCUGGAUCAGGACAGUCUUCUGGCUAUGGCCAACAUGGGUCUGGAUCAAGUCAGUCUUCUAGUUAUAGCCAUCAUGGGUCUGAAUUAGGCCAGUCUCCUGGCUUUGGGCAACAUGGGUCUGGAUCCAGUCAGUCUUCUAGUUAUGGCCAACAUAGGUCUGGAUCAAGCCAGUCUUCUGGCUUUGGGCAACAUGGUUCUGGAUCCAGCCAGUGUUCUAGUUAUGGCCAAAAUGGGUCUGGAUCAGGUCAGUCUUCUGGCUUUGGGAAACAUGGAUCUGGCUCAGGUCAGUCUUCUAGCUAUGGUCACCAUAGGUCUCAAUCAGGACAGUCUGCUGGCCAUGGUAAGUGUGGUUCUGGCUCAGGUCAGUACUCUAGCUAUGGACAAUAUGGUUCUGCUCCAGGACAGACAUCAAGCUGUGGUCAACAUGUGUCUGGAUCAGGCCAGUCUUCUGGCUAUGGCCAACAUGGGUCUGGAUCAAGCCAGUCUUCUGGCUUCGGACAACAUGUGUCUGGAUCCAGUCAGUCUUCUAGUUAUGGACAACAUGGGUCUGGAUCAAGCCAGUCUUCUGGCUUUGGCCAACAUGGGUCUGGAUCCAGCCAGUCUUCUAGUUAUGGCCAACAUGGGUCUGGAUCAGGUCAGUCUUCUGGCUUUGGGCAACAUGGGUCUGGAUCCAGUCAGUCUUCUACCUACAGCCAACAUGGGUCCGGAUCAGGCCAGUCUUCUGGCUUUGGGCAACAUGGGUCUGGAUCCAGCCAAUCUUCUAGUUAUGGCCAACAUGAGUCUGUAUCAGGUCAGUCUUCUGGCUUUGGACAACAUGAGUCUGGAUCCAGUCAGUAUCCUAGCUAUGGCCAGCAUGGGUCUGGAUCAGGUCAGUCUUCUGGCUAUGGCCAGCAUUGGUCUGGAUCAGGUCAGUCUUCAGGCUCUGGGCAACAUGGGUCUGGAUCAGCUCUGAGCAGUGUGGUUCUAGAUUUGGUCAGUGUUCUAGCUCUGAGCAAUAUGGGUAUGGCUCAUGUCACUCAUCUACCUCUGGACAAUGUGGUUCUGGAUCUGGUCAGUAUUCUCACUCUGAACAGUACAGAUCUUGUUCAUGUCACCCAUCUAGCUCUGGGCAAUGUGGUUCUGAAUCUGGUCAGUGUUCUAGCUAUGAGCAACAUGAAAUACAAGGGAGAUGUAGAUCAAGUUCAAGUGAAACUCGUAAUGAAUACAGUAGACCCAAAAUGUGCUCGAUCCCUAAUCAAUCAAGAAGCAAUAGCCAGGAAUGGUCAGAGUCUGGCCAAAAAGAAGGAGGUAAGAGUUAUGGCCUUUCAGGUAUUGGGCCUGAUGGAUAUGAGAGUAUUCAUGGACAAUCAAGAACAUGUAGGCAACAAAGCCAAGGAUGGAGCCAAGGUCCAUCUGACUGUAUCCAUUCAAAUUGUAAUGAAGAACAAAUAA